AUGGUAUCUAAUAAAAGUGCAAUGGUCCGUAUGGCUAGUGCGGAUAUUCUCAAGCGGUUGGCAUCUUAUGAAGCGGCGACACCUUCACAAGAAGAACUGGGAGAUUGGAUCAACUAUAGUCUGCUACGACCUUCGUUGUCUGAUGAAGAAUUGGAACUUGCUCUUCAGGUUUUCAGGAACCAUACUGCCAUUAAUGAUGAUCAGCUACAAGUAAUAUUCGACCUUGAGCCGUACGACAUUGAUUCGGGAGUACCACCAUCAUCAACAGAAUUUGCAUUCUACUUGGUCAGUGUCACGGUGCCUGUCAAUAUAGUCCAAGAUUUCUUGCUUCAAGUCAUACUCGCAAAUGACAAAAAUGGUGAUUCGGAAGCAGUAUUUGAAGAUUGGGAAACCAUGUUUGCUCUUCAAGCGGUUGAUGGUGCGAAUUGUCACGUGCGAUACAUUGGUCAAUGCCGUCUUUCAUGCAACACUCCUGAGCGGCGAUUCAAAAACAUCUUUGGCGAGGUUCCUUCGCGACCUGUCUCCUGGUUUGUCCACUUCCUUGAAACGCGCUUUUCCGCUGAUGAGCUACAUGACCGAAUCAAGCUGUACGAAUUUGCUGGAGCACGCUUACCAUUAGGAUCGACAAAGAGACAAGGCGAUCAAGUGGAGAAGCAACUCAUUGCUGCAUUCGACAUUCGACUCUUGCUCAAUGCACAAACGGCUGGCUACAACCACUUUUAUUGGCGACCCAACGACCAUCAACGCCAAGUAUUUGAGACCGUAAAGACUUGCUUCUACCAAUCCAUGGCAACAUUGGCAAGGUUCCCUGAAUGCGAUAUCAACAAAUGGCUCGCAUGCUUACGACAUUUCCCAGGCGCGACCGACGACGUUAUGAACAUGCUUGUUCAACAAGCAAGGCAUGAAACAUUUGGCGACUCAACCAUUGCAGUCAUCAUUGGAAGUGGUUUACACAAGGUAGCAUUAUCAAAUCUUCAGCCAUUCUUCCAAAGCAAGACACGACCGUCCAUGGCAACUCGAAUGAUUCUCAACAGCUUGAUUGAUGUCGAAGAAUGUCCUCGUAGUAAUCCAACCGUGUUACGAUCCGAAUACUUUUUGCCGUUGGUGAACCUGAUGCCAUUUGGAGUUGAUGUUGGUUCUUUCGAUCAAAAUCUCGGGCAAUUGAUUGAAUACCUCCAUAUCACACGACCGCUUAUUUGCAUUACUAUGUCUUCACAAUCUUCUUCUUGUGCACGAUCCAACUUUUGCCAUCGAUACGGGUUGCCAAGACAACACUACCUGGAUCACGUGGGCGUUGCCACCUUACAGCAUUAUGCCGGCGAGAUGUAUUUCAAUGAUCCAGCAUCUAUCCAUCCUCCAAAGGGAUACAAGACUAUCAUCAUUCCUCAUCUGCAUCCUGACGUUGAAAGAUUUGACCGUCGCCCUCGUUCACUUUAUACCGUAUUUUACUACACUUGGGCAAUCACGUUCUUUUGGAUGCAUACGGCUCAAAGACUGGUAUUGGAAUUGGGAUCUGAAUUGGAUCACGAUAGUCUCUGCGAGUUGUUAUACCAGCAUUGUGCUUAUGAUGCACCCAACCUACCAGAAGAAGCUCGAGAGCUUUAUCACGAGUUGGAGCAUGCCAAGAAGGAAUUAUCAUCUCAUUGGACUCGACGACGUCUCAAGGUACAGAAUGAACCCAUGGAUCCACAUGUUGCAACAGCAUUGACUUUGGCAGGAUCAGAAGCAAGAUCACUUGGUGCUACUCAACGCAUGGAAGCCAUUGGUAGAGCUGUGGGUCGCCCUAGGAGCAAGGAACGGCAACAUCAGGUGGCACUUUUAUGGAAGAAGCAAUAUCCCGAUUUAUUUGUGCAUAUCCCAUCAAGUGAUCGUGAUGCUUGGUUCAAAUGGGCAAAUGGUGUCCCUCAAGACCGCUUUUAUUCGCUGAGUGCAUUGGCCUGCAAGAGUCACAUUGGCGCGGCUACUGGUGAUGACCAUCCACUUAAGAAGCUUAUCAAAAACUUUGGGCCCGAAGGAUGUGAAGAUGACGAUUGGAUGGAAGACGAGGAUCAAGUGCGUGAAGCUCUCUCACGACGUGGUCGUUAUAUGCUGGGUGGUUUGGAAGGCAAUGCUUUGAUCGAUCGUAUGCGGCAAUUAUCUGAAUCACGUUGGAUGCGAGAUCGACUCCCUUUUCAUCCACUUCUUGAAGGGUCUCAAGUCAAGAUUACAAGAAAUGGCUCACUGGUGUUACGAUGGAUGGAUGAUAGUAUGCAAGGCGAGGAGGCACGUGAAAUCGUUAUCGAGAUGCGUUGCUUUGAGUGGAUCCCUUUGGAAUUGCGAGGUGAAGAGGAGAUGUUUACGCUUCGUUUCUUGUCGACUGGUCUUGGAUUACAAGUGAACAAGGACUUUGGAUCAGAUGGCAUGAGCGGUGAUUUCAUUACAAGACAAGGAUUCUCCAGGUUCGAGGCACCAGCUUUGAUACGCCAGCAAGCAGGUUUUGGUCUUCACCGAUAUGCUGUUGACUUGGAUCGUCUUUGGAGAAGUGAACGAGCACGCAUUGAAAAUACAGCACCAAUACAACCAAUGAUUGUACAACAACCUCAAGGAAGAUCAGCUUUGAUGUGUGGCGACAACCCCUCCAAAUUUACCUUGCCAUGCAAUCCUCAAGAUGCAGUGUACCUUUUGCAGCAAUGGCUUCUCAAUGAUUAUCCUGAACAGGGAGGAGAGGUGACAACGCUGAACCCUUACAAGAUCUAUACGCUACGAACACCUUUGCCCGAUACCAAACCUUUUGAGCAGUAUAUUGUCAUGCAUCAUCGAUCUCAUUCUUUUGCGGAUUUCUGGCUGGAUUUGAUCCACACUCUCGGGAACACCAAGAACGCUAGUGAGAUACUACGUUUGAAUAUAGCAGCUAUUCGUCAAGGUGUCACGGUGAUAAGGAAGCAAACAAGAUUGAGAGAAAGCAAUGCAGGCAUUGAAUACAGGAUUAUCAAGUUCAGUCGCCCUAAAUAG